AUGGAUUUCAUUGCCGGGGCCAUUGGAGGUGGUCUGAGCACAGCAGUGGGUUAUCCGCUGGACACAGUGAAGGUGCGAAUUCAGACCGAGAGGCGCUACAAUGGGAUUUGGCACUGCAUUCAGGACACAUACAGGACGGAAAAAGUUAGGGGAUUUUACAAAGGCGUUUCUGCGUCGGUUCUCACAGUAUCAGUGAUUUCUUCUGUUUCGUUUGGCGCCUACAAAAACUUCCUCUGUGCCCUCUGCAAGCUGCGAUACGGGGCUGCGGAUGCGAAGCCGUCCAAGCUGGAUGUUUCCCUGGCUGGAGGCGCUGCCGGCGCUGCCCGGGUGGUGCUGAUGACCCCCAGCGAAGUGGCUAAAGUUCGCCUGCAGACCCAGAGGAACCCCCAUCCUUCGGUCACCACUCCCCAGCCCGUUUCCAAGCCAAAAUACCGAGGGUCUCUGCACUGUCUGAGGGUGAUCGCCAAGGAGGAAGGGUUUGGGGGUCUCUACAAGGGCUGCUCCGCGUUGCUCUGCAGGGAUUGCUCCUCUUCUGCAAUCUAUUUCCUUACCUAUUCUGCUCUGUGUGACUGGUUCACGCCAGCUGGGAAAAAUAAACCAGGUUUCCUCGUUGUGCUGCUUUCGGGGGGUUUCGCUGGGGUCCUGGCCUGGGGAUUGGCGACCCCCAUGGAUGUCAUCAAAUCUCGGCUGCAGACGGAGGAGUCAGAGCAGCCCAAGUACAGAGGCCUCGUUCACUGCGCCAGGGAAAGCGUGAGGAGGGAGGGUGCCCAAGUGCUCUUCAAAGGCCUGGGGCUGAACUGCAUCCGCGCCUUUCCCGUCAACAUGCUGGUGUUUGUAACCUAUGAAGCUGUGCUGAGGUUUACAGAUCAUUAUACAAACAAAAAAUAG